AUGUCUGAAUCAAAAGCUGGAUUAAAUCAGUUUGCCUGUCUGUGCUCACGUAAGAAGGAGACAAGCGAGCAGAUGGACUACCUGACGUUGUCCACCAUCUUUACCUUUAAGAGGGGCCUGGCUACCUCACUCACCGUGCGAUACGCAGAAUUACAACACUUCCAUGAGGUGGUGGUACUACCCUGGAAGAAGCUGUGCAGCAAGCAGCCAGCUGCG